AUGCGCUUCCAAAGUAGCAUGAAGCAUAAGAAGACGACGGUCAACCUCCUCAGUGUGAAACAGAGGUCUGACGAGUCGAUCCGAGCAUUUGUCUCCCGUUUCAACGAGGAAUCCUUAGACAUUAAGGAUUUAGAUGAGGCCACGGCUUAUAUGGCCAUGAGCAACGGACUCACCAACAUGGACCUGAUCAGGGACUUGGCUCGAAAACCAAUAAAAAAUAUGGCCGAGCUCCUGGAAAGGUGUAAUGACUUACGAAUAUGGCGAAGGUGCUCCAAGCACGGAAUGACUAAAAGCAAGGCAGAGAAGAAGAGAUCGGUGGCUGACGACCAUAAGGAUGAGAAGCAGACCCGGACUGACAGCCGAGCCGAGAAGUUCGAUCGAGCUCGGAGUCCUGAGUACACCCCCUUGAACACGUUGUGGAAGGAGAUCUUGAUGCAAAUUCAAGAUGAUGGAUACAUCCGCCGACCUCGAUCGAUGCAAGCCGGGUCAUCCCGGAACCCCAACAAGUAUUGCCUAUUCCACAAAGACAAUGGUCACGACAUCGAAGAAUGCUAUCAGCUGAAGCGAGAAAUCGAAGAGCUGAUCAAGGUAGGGCACUUGGAGCAGUACAUUAAGGGGGGCCGAGAAGAACGGGGGAGUCGACAGCCUGAAGACCGCGACCAAAAGAGGGCCGAGCCGAGGUUCGAGAAUAGACGAGCCGAGCAUGAAGAGGAUAAAGCCCGAGUUGUGAAGAAAGAUGAUGGGUCCAGGCCGAGUAAUGACAAAGGAGCUCCCACAUACACUAUCCUUGGAGGGCCCGGACAAGAAUCCACUCGAAAGGCCAAGGUAAAUACGCGGUUCGUCUGGGUUGCUGAGAUGCCAAACAAAAAGUCAAAGUUUGAGACGACAAUCUCCUUCACCGAGGCUGACCUCUAA